AUGCAAGCUAUCCGAGAGCUCGAGAUUUUGGUUGGUUUUCCUCUAUUGGAGUAUGUUGCUGGAACAAUCAACGUCAGGCCGCAUUUGCAGAUACACAAAGACAGCCUGUCAAACUACAUCUCUCAGACCGGGCCUUCUGUUUUAAGAAUGUCAGGACCAGUCUCCCGGAUUCGGCAGUUUGGCCAUGGACAAUCGAAUCCGACAUACCACGUGACGCUUUCGGACGGAAAGGAGUUAGUGUUAAGGAAGAAACCGCCAGGCAAAAUUCUGAAGGGAGCUCAUGCUGUGGAGAGAGAGUACCAAGUUCUGUCUGCUCUGAAGAAACUCAACUUUCCGGUUCCAACUUGUCAUCUCUUGUGUGAAGAGGAUCAUGUUUUGGGAACACCUUUCUACGUAAUGGACUACAUUCAGGGAGAAGUACAUAAGAAUCCGUCGCUUAAGAUGCUCUCUCCUAGCCUUAGAAGUUCAAUCUACGAAUCCAUGUGUCAGGUUUUGGCUGACCUGCACAGUGUCGAUAUAGAGAAAGCUGGCUUGCAGGCAUAUGGAAAGCAAGAAAACUUUUUUCAAAGACAGAUAGGAACGUGGACAAAACAAUUUGAAGCAUCGAAGACUGAAGGGGGCGACUAUUCUAAAAUGGAAGAAUUGAUCCAAUGGCUGAAUGCGAAUAUUCCGCCUGAAAACAAGGCUACCAUCGUGCACGGAGAUUUCCGUCUGGAUAACUUGAUCUUUGAAGAGAAGUCAAGCAAAUGGUUGAGUUCUCUCGCGGUGCUUGAUUGGGAGUUAUCAACGUUGGGAGAUCCUCUAGCUGAUCUCGCCUACAACUGCCUCGUCUACCAUCUCCCUCCAACUUUCCCCAAUCGCUACAGUCAAGUACCAGGCUUUGCUGGAGCUCAGCUGCCAGAAGGAAUUCCAACAGAAGAGGAGUACGUCAAGUCCUACAUGCGGCGGACGGGGCGUCAGAGCAUCCCCGCGUGGAACUUCUACCUCACCUUCUCCUUCUUCCGCAUCGCCGCCAUUCUUCAGGGUGUGUACAAGCGCUCGCUGCAGGGGAACGCGAGCUCAGACCGAGCUAGGGACGUUGGGGCUCUGGCGGACCAGAUGACGAAGAUGGCUCUAAAACUGUCCAAGAAGGCUCGCGCGAUCGAACUUUAG